AAGAGGGGCGGCCAUCUUUGUUGCUCUGCUCUGGUGUAAAAUAUUUCAAAACGCCCCCCUACUUUUUUUUCCCUGUGCCGAUUUGAAUAUUAAAUAAAUAUCACACAUUCGGGGGCAAGAAUACGCUUUUUUUGAGGACGCAUCCAAUGACAGGGAUAUAAUGUCCUCUCCUCUCCGGUCCUGUGAGGAAGACGAGGGCAUGGUGGUUAAUUCCGAGGGAGGAGAUUUUGAUGAAGAAGACGACGAAGGAGACCUAGACGCAAGCGACAUAAACUCGCCGGCGGCGCCAAGGGAAACUGCAACACCAGCCGCGCCAGACGAAGAGGCAGAGAUAUCCGACAGGGAGGUCCCGUGCAGGAAGAAAGGGCGACCCAAGAAAAAGAAGGACACAAAGAAGAAAGACAAAGAGGGGAAACCGGUCAAAGCAAAAAAACGCAAGAAGAUUGACAGCGAUGUAGAGAGAGACUCCGACAGAGAAAGAGACUACGGCGAGAACUCGGACAGCGUAGCCAGCGACUAUGGAUCCGGAGAGAAAAAGAAAAAGAAGAAACAUAAAGAAAGGAAGGAGAAGAAAACCAAGAAGAAGAAAAAAGUAGACGGGGACCGAGACAGCAGUCAGGAGGAAACGACAAAGUUGGUUUCUGCUCAGCAGCCGAUAGAGCAGAAGACGUCGGCACAGCUGGCGAAGGAGUGGGGUCUGGAGGAUGUUGAUCAUACCUUCACAGAGGAGGACUACAGGGAGCUCACCAACUACAAAGCCUUCAGCCAGUUCAUGAGGCCGAUGAUAGCCAAGAAGAAUCCUAAGAUCCCCAUGUCGAAGAUGAUGACCAUCCUGGGGGCCAAGUGGAGGGAGUUCAGCUCCAACAACCCCUUCAAGGGCAACGCCGCUGCCGUCGCGGCGGCCGCUGCUGCUGCUGCCAUCGCUGUCGCCGAGCAGGUCUCCGCCGCCAACGCCUCGCCUGAGCCACCACCGCCUCCGCCGCCGCCACCCAUCAGGAAGGCCAAGACAAAAGAGGGCAAAGGCCCUGGCUUCAAAAAGCGCAGUAAAAGUCCUCGAGUGGCAGACAAGAAAAAGGCUGCAGCGAAGGCUAAAAAGAUGGCCCCCAUUCGAAUCAAACUAUCGCCCAUAGGUGCCAAGAGGAAGAAGAGUUGCUCAAGCGAGGACAUGGACGAGGAAGAGUCGGAGCAGGAGGACUCGAGCGUUCACAGCUCCUCGGUACGCUCCGACAGCUCGGGCCGCGUCAAGAAAAACAAGCGAGGGCGGCCUGCCAAGAAGAAGAAGAAAAACGUGUCAGGUCUCGCCCCUGCAGUCCCGGGGGAAGAGGAGGGCGACGGCUAUGAGACGGACCAUCAGGACUACUGCGAGGUAUGUCAGCAGGGCGGGGAGAUCAUCCUGUGCGACACCUGCCCUCGAGCGUACCACCUCGUCUGCCUGGAGCCCGAGCUGGACAAAGCACCCGAGGGCAAGUGGAGCUGCCCGCACUGCGAAAAAGAGGGGAUCCAGUGGGAGGCGAAGGACGAGGACUUUGAGGAUUUCGAGGAGGACUGCGAGGACAGAGUGAUAUCCGAGGGCAGGGUGGGGGUCCCCGCCGGCGCCGAGGAGGAGGAUGACGACCACAUGGAGUUCUGUCGGGUGUGUAAAGACGGAGGUGAGCUGCUGUGCUGCGACACCUGCACCUCCUCCUACCACAUCCACUGUCUGAACCCCCCGCUGCCCGAGAUCCCCAACGGAGAAUGGCUGUGUCCGCGAUGCACGUGUCUGCAAAUCAAAGGGCGUGUCCAGAAGAUCCUCCACUGGCGAUGGGGCGAACCUCCGUCUCCCAUCCCUGUCCCCCCCGCUCCUGACGCCUCACCUGACGCCCCGCUACCUCCACCCAUGAAAGGCAGAGCCGAGAGGGAGUUCUUUGUCAAGUUGACGGGGCAAUCCUACUGGCACUGCACCUGGAUCACCGAGCUGCAGCUGGAGAUCUUCCACUCGGUGAUGUACAGGAACUACCAGAGGAAGACGGACAUGGACGAGCCUCCCAGUCUGGAUUACGGGUCGGGCGCGGAGGACGAGAACGGCGUGGGGAAGAGCGAGAAGAGGAGGGCCAAGGACCCACAGUACGCCAUAAUGGACGACAAGUACUACAAAUACGGCAUCAAGCCGGAGUGGAUGAUGAUCCACCGCAUCAUCAACCACAGUGUGGAUAAGAAGGGGACGUACCACUACCUGGUCAAAUGGAGAGACCUGACCUACGACCAGUGCACCUGGGAGAGAGACGACAUGGACAUCCCUGACUUUGCAAUUUACAAGAGCAACUACUGGAGUCACAGAGAUGAGAUAAUGAAGGAGGACCCAGACAAACCCCGGAGGAUGAGGAGCAGGAACCAGGAGUGUGAAGAGGAGUCUUUCGCCUCGCCGGUCACUGAUCCUACGAUAAAAUACGAGGAGCAGCCCGACUUUGUGACGCUGACGGGGGGGACGCUGCACCUGUACCAGCUGGAGGGUCUGAACUGGCUCCGGUUCUCCUGGGCUCAGGGCACCGACACCAUCCUGGCUGAUGAGAUGGGCCUCGGAAAAACCAUCCAGACCAUCGUCUUCCUCUACUCGCUCUUCAAAGAGGGCCACACUAAGGGUCCGUUCCUGGUCAGCGCCCCGCUCUCCACCAUCAUCAACUGGGAGAGGGAGUUUGAGAUGUGGGCGCCGGACUUCUACGUGGUGACGUACACGGGAGACAAGGACAGCCGCGCCAUCAUCCGAGAGAACGAGUUCUGCUUCGACGACUCGGCGAUCAAAGGAGGGAAGAAGACCUUCAAGCUCAGGAGAGAAGCUACCAUCAAGUUCCACGUUCUUCUGACCUCCUAUGAGCUGGUGACCAUCGACCAGACGGCGCUCAAGUCCAUGGACUGGGCCUGUCUGGUGGUGGACGAGGCUCACCGCCUGAAAAACAACCAGUCCAAGUUUUUCCGGCGUCUGAACGAUUAUAAGAUCGACCACAAGCUGCUGCUGACAGGAACUCCUCUACAGAACAACCUGGAGGAGCUGUUUCACCUGCUCAACUUCCUCACACCCAAUCGCUUCAAUAACCUGGAGGGCUUCCUGGAGGAGUUUGCAGACAUCUCUAAGGAGGACCAGAUCAAGAAGCUCCACGACCUGCUGGGGCCUCACAUGCUGCGGAGGCUGAAGGCCGACGUCUUCAAGAACAUGCCGGCCAAGACCGAGCUGAUCGUCAGGGUGGAGCUGAGCCCCAUGCAAAAAAAAUACUACAAGCUGAUUCUGACCAAGAACUUCGAGGCUCUGAACUCUAAAGGCGGAGGGAACCAGGUCUCCCUGCUCAACAUCAUGAUGGACCUCAAGAAGUGCUGCAACCACCCCUACCUCUUCCCUGUCGCCUCCAUUGAAGCUCAAAAAAACCCUAACGGAGCUUACGAGGGGUCGGCCCUCACUAAGGCCUCUGGGAAACUGACGCUUUUGCAGAAGAUGCUGAGGAAGCUGAAAGAUCAGGGGCACCGAGUCCUGGUCUUCUCACAGAUGACCAAGAUGCUGGAUUUACUAGAAGAUUUCUUGGAUCAUGAAGGGUACAAGUAUGAGAGAAUUGAUGGAAGCGUAACGGGAGCGCUGAGACAAGAGGCCAUCGACCGCUUCAAUGCUCCCGGUGCUUGUCAGUUCUGCUUCCUGCUCUCCACCAGAGCCGGAGGGUUGGGCAUCAACCUGGCCACCGCCGACACCGUGGUCAUCUUCGACUCGGACUGGAACCCUCACAAUGACAUACAGGCGUUCAGUCGAGCCCACCGCAUCGGGCAGGCCAACAAGGUGAUGAUUUACCGCUUCGUGACGCGGGCCAGCGUGGAGGAGCGCAUCACGCAGGUGGCCAAGAGGAAGAUGAUGCUGACCCACCUGGUGGUCCGGCCUGGCCUGGGAUCCAAAGCCGGAUCCAUGACCAAACAGGAACUGGACGACAUCCUCAAGUUCGGGACAGAAGAGCUCUUCAAGGACGAACUCGAACGAAUGAGGAAUAAUACCCCGGGGGAUAAAGGGGAGGACGAGGGCAGCGUGAUCCACUACGACAGCAGCGCCAUCGAGCGGCUGCUGGACCGCAGCCAGGACGACACGGACGACUCGGACGUCCAGAACAUGAACGAGUACCUCAGCUCCUUCAAAGUGGCCCAGUACAUGGUGCGGGAGGAGGACAAGAUCGAGGAGGUCGAGCGAGAGAUCAUCAAACAGGAGGAGAACGUGGAUCCGGAUUACUGGGAGAAACUACUGCGGCAUCACUACGAGCAGCAGCAGGAGGAUCUGGCGAGCAAACUGGGCAAAGGCAAGAGGAACCGCAAGCCCGUCAACUACAACGACGCCGCGCAGGAAGACCAAGAGUGGCAUGCUGACAUUUCAGAUAACCAGUCCGAGUACUCAGUGGGCUCCGAGGAGGAGGACGAAGACUUUGACGAUCGGCCAGAAGGUCGAAGGCAGUCGCGCCGCCAGCUGAGGAAUGAGAAGGAUAAACCUCUGCCUCCUCUCCUGGCCAGAGUGGGAGGAAACCUUGAGGUGCUGGGCUUUAACACACGCCAGCGAAAGGCAUUCCUGAACGCCGUGAUGCGCUGGGGGAUGCCCUCUCAGGACGCUUUCUCCUCCCAGUGGCUGGUCAGAGACCUCAGGGGCAAGACGGAGAAAGAGUUCAAAGCUUACGUGUCUCUCUUCAUGCGUCACCUGUGCGAGCCGGUGGCUGACGGGGCCGAGACGUUCGCAGACGGCGUGCCGAGGGAGGGCUUGUGUCGCCAGCCGGUCCUCACCCGCAUCGGCGUCAUGUCUCUCGUCAAGAAGAAGAUCCAGGAGUUCGAGCACAUCAACGGCCGCUGGAGCCUCCCAGAGCUCAAGCCGGAGGUCAUGGUGGACAAAUCCUCCUCCAGGGCGUCCUCUCCGGCCAUGAAGACCACCACCCCCACCCCAGAGGCCAGCUACAACAACACACCUUGCACCUCCAAGCCAGCCACCCCUGCUCCAUCAGAUAAGAUGGAGAAGAACGGGAAAGAGGAGGACAAAGAGGAAGCGGAGGCCUCAUCCGACAGAGAGAAAGCAAAGGAGAAAGAGAGGGAUGAUGGGAAAGAGGGGGAGAGUAACAGCACUGCAGACCCUGAAGAGAUUUCCUCUCCGACGAAAGACUCAUCACAAACGGCGUCACCGAGUCAAAAAAGCGAAGGCAAAGAGGACAGCGAGCUGAAGGAGGAGGAGAAGAAAGAGACGAGUGACGCCACACCAGAGGAGAAAAAAGACCAAGAGGAGAGGAGAGAGGAGACACAACAAGAGGAGGUUAAAGAGGAGAAAUCAGGAGAAAAGACGGAGGAGAAGGACAAAGAGAAGCGGGAAGAAGCACCAACAGCGAGCGACACGACGGACGCCAAGGAAAAGCCUGAGGUGUCUGACGUCAAGAAAGAGGAAGUCAAAGGUGAAAGGGAUGCUGGGAAAGAAGUGAGAGCAGUGAGGGAGGAUGCGCCCAGGGGAAACGGGAGGCCUCCCAUCGAGCGACCUCGCUUUAUGUUCAACAUCGCAGACGGCGGCUUCACAGAGCUGCACACUCUCUGGCAGAACGAAGAGCGUGCUGCCAUCUCCUCGGGGAAGAUGAACGAGAUCUGGCACCGCCGACACGACUUCUGGCUGCUGGCGGGAAUCGUGAUUCACGGCUACGCCCGGUGGCAGGACAUCCAAAACGACCCGCAGUUCGCCAUCGUCAACGAACCUUUCAAGUCGCAGGCAAAUAAGGGCAACUUCUUGGAGAUGAAGAACAAGUUUCUGGCUCGACGAUUCAAGCUGUUGGAGCAGGCGCUGGUGAUCGAGGAGCAGCUCCGGCGGGCGGCAUACCUGAACAUGACCCAGGACCCCAGCCACCCGGCCAUGGCGCUGAACGCCCGCUUCACAGAGGUGGAGUGUCUGGCCGAGUCACACCAGCACCUCAGCAAGGAGUCGCUGGCGGGAAACAAGCCCGCCAACGCCGUCCUCCACAAAGUGCUGAACCAGCUGGAGGAGCUGCUGAGCGACAUGAAGGCCGACGUGACCCGCCUCCCCGCCACGCUGUCCAGAGUCCCGCCGAUCGCCGCACGCCUGCAGAUGUCCGAGAGGAGCAUCCUCAGCCGACUGGCCAGCAAGGGCACCGAGACGCACAUCCCCCCGCCCAUUCCCCCGGGACCCUACGCAACCCCUCACAACUACGGAGCCCCCUUCACCCCCGCCCCCCCGAGCGCCCUACUCAUGGGAGGGGCCAACUACAGUCAGAUGCCGCCAGGAUCCUUCUUAUCAGAAGCCGCUGCUGGGGCCACCGGGGGAGCUGCGUGGGGAGCCGCCGGAGGGCCAAACGCUGCUUGCCAGAAGACCAAGGAGCACGACGUGGGGCAGCGGCAGCGGGUGGUGGACCUCUGGAAGGACGGCAAAUCCGAGGGGGCCAUCGGGCAGGAGCUGAGGAUGCCCAAGUCCACGGUGCACAGCAUCAUCGUCAAGUACCGGCUCAGCAACACCGUGGAGAACCUGCCGCGCAACGGCCGACCAAAGAAACCCUGAGUGGGGGGAAGGGGACAUAGGAAAUUUGGAUGGAAAAUCCAGGAAUGUAACAGAAUAAAAGGUCGAAUGCAUGAAGAGGAAGUCCAAUGAGGACCCAAAGACAGAGCACUUUGACACUGCCGGAAUGUGAGGAAUAAAAAGGGGAGCGGUAAAGCUCACUGGAUAAUACAAAAAAAAGACGUGGCGGCGCUUGAAAGAAAACAAGCAAUCAUUUGCAGAGAGAGACGACCAACAUAAGGAGGGAGAGGUGAGGAGCUGGCUCCGAGAUCAAGCUCUAAUGAUGCAUAGGGCGGCG